UUUUGAUUAAUGUGUUUUGUUUGUUUUGUUGUAAACACUGUUUUUGUGUUAAAUUGAAUGUUUGUUUUAGUAAAUGUUUUGUUUGUUUUAUGUUUUGUGUUUCUAUGUAUUUUUUCUGUUUCUGCUCUUUAGCAAUUGAAGUGAUAGAAUGCGUUUGUGGUGUUACCCCUUUCCUUGGGUUAUUCGUUACCCCUCAUCCCGUCUAUGCAUAUUUUUGUUUCCAAUUUUUCCCCAAUCAAUUGAAUGAAAAAUGA